CUGGUUUCUGCUUCACCUUUUGGCGCUUUUAGUUAAUUGGAUUGUCGAGGAAUGGUUUUCUGAGGGAUUGGUAACUUUUGGGUUUAGUAGUUUAUGAUGCGGUUGUAGUUUAUUGAAGUAUAGUAGGAUAUGGAUGAUAGAGGUGGCUCAUUCGUUGCUGUCAGGAGGAUUUCGCAAACUCUUGAGCGCGGCAACACCUGCCAGUCAGCUUCCGGUAAAUCUGAGGCUGUGGCAGGAUCAACAGCAUGGCUUGGAAGAGGAUUAUCUUGUGUUUGCGCACAGAGGAGAGAUAGUGAUGCUCGUCCCUCUUUUGAUUUAACCCCAUCACAGGAGGAAUGCUUGCAGAGGCUGCAGAACCGUAUAGAUGUUCCUUAUGAUAGCUCUGUUCUUGAGCACCAGGAGGCUUUAAGGGCCUUGUGGAAUAUUGCCUUUCCUGAAGAAGAACUUCAUGGCUUGAUAUCUGAGCAAUGGAAGGAGAUGGGUUGGCAAGGAAAGGAUCCUUCAACAGACUUUAGGGGCGGUGGGUAUAUAUCUUUGGAGAAUUUGCUAUUUUUUGCCAGGAAUUUUCCAAAAUCCUUCCAGGACCUUUUAUGGAAGCAGGAAGGAGAACGAUCAGCAUGGGAAUAUCCAUUUGCUGUUGCUGGUGUGAACAUCACCUUUAUGCUAAUCCAAAUGCUUGAUCUUGAAGCAGUCAAGCCCCGGACAAUGGUGGGAGCAACUUUCCUAAAACUUCUUGCAGGUAAAAAUGAAUCAGCUUUUGAUCUACUCUAUUGCAUAACUUUUAAGCUGAUGGAUCAUCAAUGGCUUACCAUGCGAGCAUCAUACAUGGAUUUUAAUAGAGUGAUGAAAGCGACGCGUCAUCAACUAGAGAAAGAACUUCUCCUUGAAGAUAUUACACGACUAGAAGAUUUGCCUUCAUACCAGCUUCUUACGAGAUAGAGAGUGCACUAGGUUAGCUAACAGGUUUUUGUAAUUGAUCUUAUAUGCCAUUUCUGCCAAUUCAGGAUGGAAACCUGUAUUUCUGUGGCCAUCUUAAGUGUGAUGUCCUCAAGAUUUUGGAUGCAGCAGUAAAGAUUUGUAAUCCAGUUAGAGGCUUUGACUCCUCUAAGCACUUUCAAGGGCAAAGUGCAAGUGAUUGUUGAUGAGAAAAUUGAGGUUGUUGGUCUUUGCAAAUUCAUAUAGUUGAUAUUACUGAGUAUUAAUCUGAACCAAAA